CGUUGUCGUGUUUGAGUUCUAAUAGUGACCACUAUUUAAAACAGAUUUGGAGACCAACCCAUAAAGGGAGCAUCCAUACUGAAGCACAACGAUGGCCGAUUGAUCUCUCAGCAUCCUCCAAGUGCAGUGAUGGCCAUCAAUCUCCUGACAUCCCUUCUAGCGCGGUAAAAUACACCGUACAGCCGGCUGUACCGUGCGCACGGUACAGCCGGUCUUUUUUAGGACUUCUGCGCUUCUUCGAUCUUCUUCCCUGCUUCUCACCUGGCUUCUCCGAUCUCCGUCCCUGCUUCGUCCUGCUUCUGCGGUGCUUGCGAAGAACUUCAAGCUCCAAGCAGGCAACUCCUCUGACAUCUCUCUUCUCCUCAAGCUCUCCUCUAGCCACUCUCUUCUCCUCUAGCAGAGCUACGCAAGAGACGGCGGCUCUAGGUGAUUUCUUUGUUGGUCGGGAAGAAGUAUGCAGGGAAGACAAAUUGGAAGAUGAUUUAGAAGAUUUGAGUUCAUAUUUCUUGAUGACGAAUCUGAAAUGAGUUUAUAUUUAACUCAAAUGAGUAUAAGCUUAAAAAGAAUGAACAUACACAAAUAAAUAUCGAGCAUAUUAAAAAUGAGUUUUAUGUAAAACUCAAAUGAGUAUACAACCGAAAAUGAAUGAGCAUACACAAAUGAUCUUUUGAAUUUUUUAUACUCAUUUUGUGAUUUAUGUAUGCUCAUUUGGUACCUCUUUAUACUCGUUUCAAACGUAUCAUAUUAAUGUUAAACUCAAAUGAGUAUAAGGUCAAAAUGAAUGAGCAUACACAAAUGG